CUCACUCGGGGACCUUACAUCUGGCACCUUUUUUUCUGAUCCGAGAGGCCGCGAUUCGAUUCCCAGGUCCAAAGCCUUGCCAAUUGCCCACCGUUGCUGUUGCCCAGCCAGAUUGCGCCGUCGACUCGUCAUACCUAUCUGCGCGACGCGCUGCUUAUCUGUGUAUAGUCUUAGCUUGCGACAAUGGGCAUUGAAAGGGAGCUGGAAGAGGAGGGCGGCCUCACCAGGACGCUCAAGGACUUGUUUGCUGGCGCCGUGGGAGGGACAGCCCAGGUGCUACUGGGUCAGCCGUUUGAUAUCAUCAAAGUCCGCCUGCAAACCUCGCAGCAAUACACCGGUGCCGCAGACUGCGCGACCAAGAUUUGGAAGAAUGAAGGCCCCCUCGCCUUCUACAAAGGCACCCUAACUCCGCUGAUCGGUAUCGGCGCCUGCGUCUCCAUCCAAUUCGGCGCCUUCCACUACGCGCGCCGCGCCUUCGAAGCGCGCAACCUCGCCGCCAACCCACAGGCGACGAGCGGUCGGCUCUCGUACGGGCAAUACUACGCAGCGGGGGCCUUCGCCGGGCUCGCGAACUCGUUCCUGUCCGGGCCGAUCGAGCACGUGCGCAUACGGCUGCAAACGCAGCCGCACGGCGCAGGCAAGCUGUACACGGGCCCGCUGGACUGCGUGCGCAAGCUGUCGGCGCACAACGGCGUGCUGCGCGGCCUGUACCGCGGCGAGCUGGUGACGCUGGCCCGCGAGGCCCAGGCCUACGGCGUCUGGUUCCUGACCUUCGAGUGGCUGAUGAACGCCGACGCGGCGCGCAACCGCAUCGACCGCAAGGACGUCUCCACCCCAAAAGUCGCGCUGUAUGGCGGCUUGGCUGGCGAGGCCCUCUGGGUCGCUAGCUACCCGUUUGACGUUGUCAAGAGCAAGAUGCAGAGUGAUGGCUUUGGCAAGGACAUGCGCUAUCGCACCAUGUCCGACUGCUUUAGGUUGACGUGGGCGAAGGAGGGCAUGAUGGGCUUUUGGAAGGGCUUGGGCCCCACGCUGUUUAGGGCUAUGCCCGUUAGCGCCGGCACGUUUGCUGUUGUCGAGUUGACGAUGCGUAUGAUUCAGUAACUGUGCUCAGUUCGUUGGUUGUUUGGUUCGGCAUAGAAUGGAAGACGCGGGGGAGAGGCGAAAAAAGAAUCACGGUGUCCAGAGGCUGAUAUAACAGCUCGCGCAUACAUAUCUACUUUCUACAACACGCUCUGACCAACAGAAGCGCAAACCAUAAACCAAGAUUAUCUUCUUCUCCAAUGUAUAGACACCCAGCAAUCCCACCGCUCACCUGCAUCAUGUUAGAUCAUCACCCCAUCCCCUACCCUCUCACUCACCCACUCACUCACCCACCGCAAACACCCCCCAACAAAUCAGCCCACACAAGACCACAUCAAUCACCAACAGCCAGGCCAGUCGCCCGCAUUCGCG